AAACAAAAUAGUGGACAUAGUAUACAUAGUAUAUAUGUGUGUGUUUGUGCACAUUAAUAUAAUUUUUGCGGCAAACUAAAAACAAAAACACAAAUAAUAAUAAGUCAUGCAUGUGAAUCCACGCACGUUCUGUUUCUCUUUUUAAUUGUGUGAUGAAAUUUGACAGUGGCAGUGAUAUUGCUGGGACUAGCGCCACAUGUGACGUUUGCCCUUCCAGCUCCAGUUAUAUGCAGAGCCGAUUCAGUGUGAAUCUAAUACACAUUUGUGCACAAUAAAGAUAUGGCUAAGACACAGACUCUUAAAUAAUAAUGACCGGCAGUGCGCUUAUCUAAUACCCAGAGAAUAAACGAAAAAACGAGUCAGCCUGAGUGGAAAGUUUGCAGAGUGACGAGCAAAAAAAUGUUGAGGCUCUUGUUUCUUACAUAUUAGGUAGUAGUAUCUAUCGACCCAAAUGAUAAUGCCAAACCAAUGACACAAAUGAUAAAAAGUUGUGUGUCAAUACGGACGUGCAAAGUGCUAAAUACGAGUAUACACCUAGAAGGGCUCCCAUGUUCAUGGUGCUAAUGAAAACAAAAAUCUCACAAUUACCACGAAAACAAAUAACGAAACAAAAACAAAUAGGAAGAAAAACCUAAACUACUUAUAAUUAACUAUAAAAAAUUAGAAGAAAUUAGAAAUGCAAUCCGUGAAGGCCGAUGAGUUGCCGGAGAAUCCGCGCGAGCGCGCCAAUCCCCUGUCAGCUCUAAUGUUCUGCUUCGCACUCCCCGUAUUGUUUAAAGGGCGAAAGAAGACGUUGGAACAGUCAGAUCUAUUUAAGGCACUCAAUGAACACAAAUCAGAUACGCUUGGAGAACGCCUAUGCAAAGCCUGGGAUGAGGAGGUUAGGGUGAAAUCCGCUCAGAAUCUACAACCGAGCUUACUGCGCGCCCUAAAGCAGGUCUUCGGCUGGGAAUUGGCAAUAAAGGGGCUGUUGCUGGCAGCCCUAGAAAUCAUUACCAGAGUAUCACAGCCCAUCUGCUUGUUCGGGUUCAUGGCUUACUUUGGCGGCGAUGAACCCAGUCUGACGAAAGCCGAGUUAUACGCCGCUGGCCUCAUUGCGUCCACAGUCGCCAACACGAUGCUAACCCAUCCUCAUAUGCUGGGUGUCCUGCACUUGGGCAUGAAGAUGCGCAUUGCUCUGUGCAGUUUGGUUUAUCGCAAGGCCCUGCGUCUGAGUCGUACAGCACUGGGCGACACCACAGUUGGACAGAUCGUGAAUUUACUUUCCAAUGACGUGGGUAGAUUUGAUACGGUGCUCAUUAAUGUGCACUACUUAUGGAUAGCGCCAUUGGAGCUGAUUAUCGUCACGUGGGUUAUGUACCAGCAGAUCGGCAUAUCCUCGAUCUUUGGCGUGAGUGCGAUGCUUCUGUUUUUACCCCUGCAAACGUAUUUGGGAAAAAGGACGAGCGUUUUGCGGCUGCGCACUGCAUUGCGCACAGAUGAGCGAGUCCGGAUGAUGAACGAGAUUAUUUCGGGCAUACAGGUGAUCAAAAUGUAUGCUUGGGAGAGGCCUUUCGGGAAGCUGAUUGAAUUGACGCGACGCAAGGAAAUGAACUGCAUUAAGAAGGUCAACUAUAUACGUGGCGUGCUGUUAUCCUUUGCCAUAUUCUUGGCCCGCGUCUCCAUCUUCGUCAGUCUGGUGGGAUAUGUGCUGCUUGGACAGAUUCUUACCGCAGAGAAGGCGUUCUUUAUAACAGCGUAUUACAACAUCUUGCGACGAUCUCUUACAAUGUUCUUUCCACAAGGCAUCGCCCAGUUUGCCGAGAUGCUGGUGUCCAUAAAGCGUCUCGAGACAUUUAUGCUGUCCGCGGAAACGGAGGUCAAGGAUAAGUCUCUGACUACUGACGACACCGCCUCCGAAAAAGCAAAGGAUCUGGGCACACCCCUGAUCGUUAGAAAUGGUGCUAAAGCUAAUGGCAAUACUGUGCGUACCGAAGAACACCCCGUGGAACUUACCAACUUCAGUGCCAUGUGGGUGGAGAAGUCUCCGGACUACACGUUGCAGGACAUUAACUUGCGACUACGACGCACCCAGCUGGUCGCUGUCAUUGGACCCGUGGGUGCGGGCAAGUCCAGUCUCAUACAAGCAAUCCUUGGUGAGCUGCCAGCCGAGUCCGGCAGCCUCAAGCUAAACGGCAGCUACUCCUAUGCCUCACAGGAACCCUGGCUGUUUACGGGCAGCGUGCGUCAGAACAUACUUUUUGGCCUGCCUAUGGAUAAGGACCGCUAUCGUAGUGUGGUCAAGAAAUGCGCACUGGAACGCGACUUCGAGCUGCUGCCGCAUGGUGACAAGACGAUUGUAGGUGAGCGCGGUGCCUCCUUGUCCGGUGGCCAGAAGGCAAGAAUUAGCUUGGCGCGUGCUGUCUACCGCAGAGCGGACGUUUAUCUGCUGGACGAUCCACUCAGUGCCGUGGAUACCCAUGUGGGUCGCCAUCUAUUCGAUCAAUGCAUACGCGGCCUGCUGCGUCGACAUCUCGUCGUGCUUGUUACCCAUCAACUGCAGUUCCUAGAGCGCGCCGAUCUCGUUGUGAUCAUGGAAAAGGGCAAAAUCAGUGCCAUGGGCACCUACACAACAAUGAAACGCAGUGGCUUGGACUUUGCGGAACUGCUAACCGAUCCGAACAAGGUCGACGAGGAUGAAGACAAGGAAGCCCAGGGAGACAUUUGGGAUCGGUUGAGCUUGCCGCGAAGUCGCCGCGGCAGUCGCAGUCGUAGCCCCCGGGGCAGUCGUUUCAGUUCCCGCAGCAGCAGCAUUACCUCAUUGAACUCCAUGGCCGAAUCAUUGAUGUACGAUGCACCCAUGCAGGUGCAGGAGACGAGACUGCAAGGACAGAUUGGACUAGGACUGUACAGAGAAUACUUUGCAGCGGGCAGUGGCUGCUUCAUGAUUAUACUCAUGAUUUUUCUCUGUCUGGGCACACAAUUACUUGGCUCUGGUGCAGAUGUUUUUCUGUCGUAUUGGGUGGAUAAGAACAACAAUGCUGCCGACUUUUCCUCGGAUCCAGUAGACAUCUAUUAUUUUACGGCCCUCAACUUGGGCGUUAUCGUCUUCACCCUAACCCGAACGCAGCUGUUCUACAAGCUAGCCAUGCGCUCAUCCACCAAGUUGCACAACGCUAUGUUCCUUGGCAUCACGCGGGCUGCCAUGUACUUCUUCAACACGAAUCCGUCCGGACGUAUAUUGAAUCGCUUUUCUAAGGACUUGGGCCAGGUCGACGAAAUCUUGCCCAGCGUUAUGCUUGAUGUGGCUCAAGUCUUUCUUAGUCUAAGCGGCAUCAUUGUGGUUAUAUGCAUAACAAACCCCUGGUUUUUAACGCUAACCCUUGUCUUGGGUAUCAUAUUUUACUACAUACGUGAGUUUUAUCUGAAAACUUCACGCAAUGUUAAGCGUUUGGAGGCGGUCGCGCGUUCCCCCAUUUACUCGCAUCUGAGCGCCACUCUUAAUGGGUUGCCCACCAUUCGUGCGUUGGGAGCGCAAAAGGCCCUUAUCGCCGAGUUCGACAACAUUCAGGAUCUACACAGUUCCGGUUACUACACAUUCCUGACAACCAAUCGGGCCUUUGGCUACUACCUAGAUCUCUUUUGCAUGCUCUACGUUGUGGUCAUAGUUUUGAACUACUUCAUAAAUCCACCCGUGAACGCAGGCGAAGUGGGUCUGGCCAUCACCCAAGCCUUGGGCCUAACAGGCAUGGUGCAAUGGGGCAUGCGUCAGUCGGCGGAACUCGAGAACACUAUGACUGCCGUAGAGCGCAUCAUUGAGUAUGAAGAUCUUGAGCCGGAGGGCGAAUUUGAAUCUCAGCCAGCACAGAAGCCACCAGAAACUUGGCCAGAAAUGGGAAAAAUUGUCGCUGAUGAUCUAAGCUUACGCUACUUCCCGGAUCCCCAAGCCGAGUACGUCCUGAAGUCGCUCAACUUUGAGAUUCAGCCAACGGAGAAAGUUGGAAUUGUAGGUCGGACUGGUGCUGGCAAAUCAUCCCUCAUCAAUGCACUGUUUCGGCUGUCCUACAUCGAUGGCUCGAUUCAAAUCGACGAACGCGAUACCAGUUCGCUGGGUCUGCAUGAUCUGCGCAGCAAAAUAUCAAUUAUACCGCAGGAACCUGUUCUGUUCUCGGGAACCAUGCGCUACAACCUCGAUCCCUUCGACGAAUACAAUGAUGCCAAGCUCUGGUCCGCUCUGGAAGAAGUCAAAAUGAAGGCAGCCAUUGCCGAGCUUCCCAAUGGACUACAGAGCAAAAUCUCCGAGGGUGGCACCAACUUCAGCGUCGGACAGCGUCAAUUGGUGUGUCUAGCGCGCGCUAUUUUGCGCGAGAAUCGCAUUCUGGUGAUGGACGAGGCUACGGCCAAUGUAGAUCCGCAAACAGACGCACUCAUCCAGGUCACCAUUAGGGAUAAGUUCAGGGAUUGUACAGUGCUUACCAUUGCACAUCGCUUGCACACCAUCAUGGACUCAGACAAGUUAAUUGUCAUGGAUGCCGGCCAGUUGGUCGAAUUUGGUUCACCCUAUGAAUUGCUGACCCAAUGCGAGUCCCGAAUCUUCCACGACAUGCUCAUGCAAACGGGCCAGAGCACAUUCGAUAGCUUGCUUAAGGUAGCGGAAAAGACACAUUUGGCCAAACAACAGACAAAAGCAGCCUAACCGUACACCUACUAUAAUGUCCAACAUUCUAAGGGUUCUGCUUCAAAUUGGCCAGUAUUUGUAUCGAACCAACACAUCCAGAGUAUUUUUGCUAACUCGUUUAGGAAAUUGUAAUUAUGUAUUUGAAGGAAUAUUAGAAUCGUCAGAUUUUUUCAUCAGAUUCUUGUCAUGCUGUAAGAACACAAAAUUAGCCUAAUGACCCACCUAUAUUACUUAUUAUUGAUUGGAUUGAUUGAUACUUUUGAUAUCUCAUUAACAACUCGAAAUUCGUAGGGUUUAGCAAAUGUUUUAAACUGAUAAUUACUUGCCAGUUUGCAUUUAAAAUUUAUUCUGUUACUUAAAGUAUCAUCGAUACGAACACUAGUGUAUAUAUGUAUGUGUAUGCAACAAUAAAUUUAAUUUCCUUA